CAAAAACCGUGCGUGCAGCAAGUCUCCCACCCUUGGCUUAGCGGGCUUAGGUAACGCAUCGAGCGAAAGUAAACAAACGCCAGCGUGAAAAGCGGUCCAGCCAGACUCCGGCAACGGAAGAAGCGCCCCCCCGUCGGGAAGAAACCCCGCUCCACAGUGUCUGUGAUGUUGUGACCCGUUGGCAAAUAUAGCUCUGCUCGUCCGCUUGACAGCUUUAACAUUUGUGGACUGCCGUGGUGCAUCGUUGCUAUCCGGUUACCGGAGCACGCGUGGUUCCUGCCCGUGCACGGUUCAACGUGUUGUCGCCCUUUACUUCACCAGCGGUCCAGUAUUCUGAAGGUGAACGAGAAAAACGAAUUCCGGAUUUCUUCACUCUCCUUCCCUCCACGCCCCCCUACUUCCCAACCGCACUCAACCGCUAUCAACUUAUCGAAGACGGUGGCUCGCGUGGCUGCACCAAUUUUGCGACCACUACCGAUCGGCAGACAUCGGGAGAAAGUGCUUGUGAGGCGUGUUCUCCGGGCCAACGCUGCGCAGCGGAUAUCCGAUCGCACAUAGUGCGACAGUUGUACGCCAAACGAAUCGUGUCGGUUCCAGUGUUCAUUCGCAGCAACCAAACUCUUUCCCAUCCCCGGCAAUGUACAUCGGUGGCGUUGAAGGCGGUGCCACGCACUCCACGCUGGUGAUCUGCGAUGAAAGCGGCCGGAUCGUGGGAAAGGCCAAGGGCCCGAGUACGAACCACUGGGCGGUGGGGAUCCCGGGCGUGGCGGAGCGCAUAGAUGCGAUGGCGCGGGCGGCCAAGGCGGAGGCCAACCUGCCCGCCGACCAGGAGCUGACGGCGAUCGGGCUCUGCCUGAGCGGCGCCGAAGCGGAGGACACGAACCGCGAGCUGGAGAACUACCUGCGGACGCACUACCCGACCGUGGCGGAGCGGUACGUGGUGUGCAGCGACACCAUCGGCAGCAUCCACGCCGUGUCGAACCUGGGCGGCAUGGUGAUCAUCGCCGGCACCGGCUCGAAUACGCUGCUGCGCAAUCCGGACGGAAGUGCGCACGGUUGCGGUGGCUGGGGUCACAUGAUCGGGGACGAGGGUGGUGCCUGGUGGAUUGCGCGGAACGCGAUCAAGACCGUGUUCGACCAUCGGGACAACCUGCGGUGCAGCAAGCUUCCGGUCGAGCGUGUCUGGGAGCUGAUCCAGCAGCACUUCGGCGUGCGAACGCUGCACGAUCUGCUCGACCACUGCUACGGGCGCUUCUGCAAGACGACGUACGCCGGUCUGUGCGCCCGGCUGGCCCGGGCGGCCGUCGAGGAGCGCGAUCCGCUCUGCCUGAAGCUGUUCGACGAGGCCGGCCAGUGUCUGGCGCAGUCGGUGUGCGCACUGCAGGCCAAGAUCUCGCCCGACCUGCUGCGUGACGCCACCGAGCUCGACAUCGUGUGCGUCGGCUCGGUGUGGCUCAGCUGGGACCUGCUGCGGCACGGGUUUGUGCGCGAACUGCAAGCCCGCCACUUCCCGUACGAUCUGCGCCUGCUGCGGCUGGCGACGACGAUGGCGGUCGGUGCCGCCUACCUAGCGGCGGACACGUACAAGCUGAGCCUGCCGCGCGACUACACCCGCAACUACGACGUGUUCUACACCCACCGGGCGCUUGCCAACGGCAACGGAACCGGCAAGCCCAAUGGCAACGGCGUCCCGCUGUAAACAUUCCCAAGCCCGCCCUGCUUUCCUUCUUUCUGCACCUACCGUACCUACGUGGAAUUUUUCGUUCCCUUGUUUUACCGUUACGCUACGGAUGAGAUUGAUUGUGUGAUAAGGAAGGAACUAAUUACCGACAAGAAGUCUCCGGCGAGCCGCUUGAUUUGUUUGUUUGCAUCUUUUCAUCUUAAAUGUGCUUUCUUCCAACGAACGGGAAGCGCUACACUGUUGCAGUGUGUGCCUGUAUGCUCGAAGCAGCUGUAAGAACCUCGAGAAAACCACCGAACUAUAGUUCUGCGAGCGAGCCGUAAGCAUGCCGAAGCACGUACUGCGCCUAUAGAAUUGGUUCCGGUUUCCUUUUUAGUACUAGUAGAUUUAGUUGAUUUGUUGAGAUUGUUUUUCAUCGAUUAUGAGUGAAGCAGUAGAAUAGUUGAAGCAUGAUGAGAGAGCGAAAAAAAAGAAAUCCCCAGCCCCACUUGGAAUAAGUGUGACGAUGUGAUUUUAAUAGAGGCAGUAUUCGUU